AUGGCCGACGGCGUGGACGCAGCGAGUCUGGAGCGGCUGGUGCGCGAGGGCGGUGAUGCGGGCAAUGGAAGCAGAGUCGGCGGCGGUGGUGGCGGAAGCGCUGGCGACAUUCCCGAUUGGGUCGGGCAGAGGACACCUCCGACAGCGAGAUACUAUCUCGAUGAGCUUGAAGAGUCUGUCUUUCAACUCCGUGCAUCGCAUGUGCGCAAGCACAAGGAGCCGUGUAUGAUCUGCAUGGAGACGUUUGCUGUGGGUGACGAAGCGCUGCGCCUUCCUUGCAAUCACCUGUACCACUCGAUGUGCUUGAUGCCAUGGCUGUACGAGCACAGCACGUGCGCUCUCUGUCGAUACCAACUUCCCACCCUCGAUGUCGACUUUGAGGCCUACCGCCGCGCUCAUCCGCAACCGGAUCCCCACAACCCGCGCGACAUCACAGGCACCUCUCUCAUGUACAUGUAG